AUGGCAGUUUACUCUACUUCAAAGCUUCAUUUCAUUUUAUACUUAUCAUCAACCCUUUUGCUACUUUCUUCUCUUCAUGCUCAAGCUGAAUCUCAGAAUCUUAAAUAUUGUCAAAAGGAUGUAGACUAUGCAGUGAAGGUCAGCAGUGUAGAAAUAUUACCUGACCCUACCGUGAGAGGAGAGUCAUUCACCUUCAGAAUUGAAGCUUAUACUGAUGAUCUAAUUCAUAAUGGUGAUUUAAUAUAUGAAAUUUUAUAUGAUGGGAUGAAAGGAAAACCUGCAAUAUUUUACCAUGCUCUCAGCGAGGAAACACCACUUCCUGUCCGUCCAGGCCACUUUUUGCUUACUCAUACUGAAUUUUUGCCUCCACUCACCCCGCUGGGUACAUGUAAUGUGAAGCUGACCUUCGUUGAUAAAGACGGUGAUCAAUUAACUUGCAUCAUCUUUCCCUUCACCAUCGGUGCUAAAUCUUCAAUAUCUGCUUCUUAA